AUGGUCGCAGACUGUGGACAUCCCGAAGAUGCCAAGGAACUUGAAUACCAGAGCUAUAUCCCAUUCUGGCAAUUAUUGAUUGAUCAACAAGUCAUCACCAAAGAGGUACUGCAUCAUCAGUACGAUGGCUCAGGGACAGAGGAUGACCCGUAUGUCGUGCGCUGGUUACCCGUCGACCCUCGGAAUCCAAUGGAGUUCAGCAUGGCAAGAAAAGCCAUUGUCACAUUCUCCACUGCCGUUGCGACCUUUGUCAUAUCUUUGACUUCCUCCGCGUACAGUGGUAGCAUGGAGAAGGUCAUUGAUGAGUUUGAUGUUAGCAAAGAAGUCGCUACUCUCGGCUUGUCGCUAUUUGUCUUUGGAUUCGCCGUGGGACCCUUGGCUUGGGCGCCGCUUAGUGAGACCAUUGGUCGACAAAUUCCAUUCUUCGUGUCUUUCCUUGCUCUUACUGCUUUUUCGGCGGGAUGUGCGGGGGCCCAGAAUAUUCACACCUUGUUGAUUCUUCGGUUCUUUGGGGGUGCUUUUGGGUCUGCGCCUCUGACGAAUGCUGGCGGUGUUAUCUCGGACAUGUUUGUUGCUAGACAACGAGGUUUGGCGAUGCUUUUGUUCGCGUCGACUCCGUAUCUAGGUCCUGCCCUCGGGCCCGUUAUCGGUGGUUUUCUUGGUAUGAACGCUGGGUGGAGGUGGGUUGAGGGUUUCCUGGCCGUUUGUGCAGGCAUGGCAUGGAUCAUGAUGGCGUUCCUCGUCCCUGAAACCUAUGCACCGGUGCUACUCCGCAAAAGAGCAGCAAAACUGUCGCUCCUCACAGGCAAAUGCUACGAAAGCAAACUCGAUCUGGAAAGAGGGAAAGUCCCCCUCGGCAAACGGCUGAAGACAGUUUUCUCUCGACCUUGGGUGCUUCUCUUCCGUGAGCCUAUUGUUCUUCUACUUACAUUCUAUGCCGCCCUCAUCUACGGUGUGCUCUACAUGCUUUUCGAAGCAAUCCCUAUCGUCUACGAAGAUAUCCGCGGGUGGAAUGCGGGUGUUGGCGGUCUUCCUUUCUUAGGUGUCAUGAUCGGUGUGUUGUGCGGUUCGGCCUAUACCGUGUGGGAUAAUAAGCGAUACAUCAAGGCGCAGGAAAGACACGAUGGGUUUGCUCCACCAGAGACUCGCCUGCCUCCUUGUAUGGCCUCCGCUGUGGCCAUUCCCAUUGGCCUCUUCUGGUUCGCAUGGACAAAUUCUCCGUCAAUUCACUGGUUAUGCAGUGUCGCAGCCUUGGUUCCGUUUGGAUUUGGACUGCUCCUCAUCUACAUGGGAAUCGUCAACUACCUCAUCGACUCCUACACCAUCUACUCUGCGUCUGUGCUGGCAGGCAUGUCUAUUUUCAGAUACACAUUUGGAGCCGUAUUUCCCUUGUUCAGCUCAUACAUGUACGCGGGUCUGGGUAUUCAUUGGGCCUCGUCCAUUCCGGCUUUCGUGUCGGUGUUGUGCAUGCCACUCCCCUUCUUCUUCUAUAAAUAUGGCGCGCAGAUUCGGCAGCGUUGCAAAUAUGCUGCUCUGUCACAAAAGCGUCUCGAGACACUGCGGCAAGCGUCUGUGUCAGAAAAGGCGCCGGUGCAAACUUCUGACCCGGGAGCCGAGAAUCAGCGACUGCAGCUGACAAGUUCUUAA